AUGGAUGAUCUCAAUAUUGUAGUUUUCGGAGAUACUACGGUCUUCCAAGGGCCCGUCGUCCGGUAUGUUUCUGUCCAUUUUCCUGGUCAUCAUAUCAAGUUCGCCUGCCUUGCCUUUUCCAUCGUCCACCAGGCAGAAAUCAUGCCGCUGCCCAAACAAACUCAAGAUCUAAUAUUCGCACUUCAAGCGCUCGUUUUUCGACUCCGUCAGCUCAAGAAAGAACGGCAAGGCUACUCCAAAGCAAAACAUAGAGAGCUUGCGAGGCUGCUGAAAGAAGGCAGGGAAGAUUUCGCCCGAAUAAAGACUGAAGAUGUUAUUUCGAAUGAUAACCUGAUCGCCGCACUCGAGGUGCUCGAGCUACACUGCGAGCAGCUGCAGGUUCGGGCGAAUAUUUUGGACCAUCUUGCUUUUGGGCAGAAGAAAAACAAGACACCAGCAAGACACAAGGGCAGGACAGCAAGGGAGGUUAGAUCGAAAGGUUCUCCUGGAGGUGGAAAAACCGGCGAGGGGACCAAGCCUGCUACUGGAAGUGGUUGGGGGAUUUGGAACCUCUUUGGCUUCUCGUCAACAUCUUCUUCCUCACCGGCGGCCGCACCUCAGCAAGCAGUGGACAGGCCAUCGUCGCAGCAACUGGAUCAACACUUGGACGGGUCAGACGCACAAACUGAGCGCAAAGACGAAGAGAACACGGAAAAACAGUAUGACGUUUAUCUAGAUCCCGAGCUCGACCGUUCUGCAGCCGUGGUCUUCUACUCCUAUGCGCGGAUACCCCGCGACGUUCCAGGUCUAUUAGAGGUGAAGAAUAAAUUAGCUCUAAGAUGGGGGAGCGAUUUCGCUAGCAGAGCACAAGACGAUGAUGAUCUGCCAGUCGAACUACCAGAGAUAUUACUGGAUAGGUUGCGUGUCCGGAAAGCACCCGAGUCCCUGGUUGAGAGCUAUUUGAAUGAGAUUGCAAGGAGCCAUGGGAUACCUUACGGAGACGUGGAUAUAAAUGAGCAGCAAGAAACUGAGCAAGAAGAGACGUCAACGAAUGCCCGGCCCGUGGAAGAUAAACAGGUCGAAGGGCCCUCUGGAGAUUCUAAUGCUCGACCUGAGGCGAACACUAGCACGGCUGCAAAGGAGAUAGCGAGUAAACUUGGCGGAAUACCCGAAGUAGAUGAGCUCGCACGAAGGUUUGCUGCUUUGAAGAAGUGA